AUGUUGAUGGAUCUCUACGAGGCAGGUGGAAUAUCUGUUCAGCAUCUUCAGUCUGCGUGGGUUGCUGCGUCGCUCUUAUCGGUUGCCAGCACGUUCAUGUGGAUUUUGUAUGCAAAUGAUGCCGAGUUCUCCACGGAGCAAAACAAAAGUACUGUCGAGGGAUACCUAGAGCUCAUCCAACGACUGCUGACUUCUUGGGAGUCUGAUCAUCGUCUCGUGCGAGCAUGGAUCAAGACAAUCGACGACAUGCAUUCCAUCUACCGUGCAGCGUACUUGGGACAAGUACCCGUGGAGAACGAUGAGAAUCUAGAUAGCAGUGAAAACGAAAAUCUAGAUGUAUCGGUCGAAUUCAGACCACAGUCUGGAGAUGGAUUUGUACCCCUUAGUCCGUCUGGAUGUGCUUUUCGUUGGGUUGGCCCCUUUGGCUGGGAGAUCACGUUGACAAUCAAGAUAUCGAAGCGAUAG